ACCUGGAUUUUAAAUUUGAUUUUGGACUGUACUGUAUGAGUGUAUAGUCAUGACGGUGUGUUUCGGGGUCCUGCUACUGCUGGUGCUAUUUGCAUGUGGACACAUCGACAGCUUAGAAGCCCCAGCAAGAACGUUUGCAAUAGAUUAUGAACACAAUUGCUUUCGGAAGGAUGGAAUGCAAUUUCGCUACAUAUCAGGAAGCAUUCAUUACUCCAGAAUCCCACGCUUUUAUUGGAAAGACCGUCUGGUAAAGAUGAAGAUGGCAGGACUGGAUGCAAUUUACACGUAUGUACCAUGGAACUUUCACGAGCAAAAGCCAGGAGUGUAUAACUUUUCUGGAGAUCAUGAUAUUGUGUCUUUCUUGCAACUUGCCAAUGAAAUUGGACUACUGGUUAUACUGAGAGCUGGUCCCUAUAUCUGUGCAGAAUGGGAUAUGGGAGGUUUACCAGCUUGGCUUCUUGCAAAAAAGUCUAUUGUUCUACGAUCUUCUGACCCAGAUUAUCUUCAAGCUGUUGACAGCUGGAUGGGUGUGUUCCUACCAAAGAUCAAACCUUUGCUAUAUCAAAAUGGUGGACCUAUUAUAACAGUCCAGGUUGAAAAUGAGUUUGGAAGCUAUUAUACAUGUGACUACAAUUAUUUACGACAUCUUUUGAAACUUUUCCGAUAUUAUUUAGGAAAUGACGUAGUUUUAUUUACAACCGAUGGAUCAGGGCUGCCAUAUGUAAAAUGUGGAUCAAUUCAAGGCUUGUAUACCACUGUGGAUUUUGGACCAGGGACUAAUGUGACUGCAGCAUUUCUAGUUCAAAGAUACAGCGAGCCAAAAGGUCCCUUAAUUAACUCAGAGUUUUACACUGGCUGGUUGGAUCACUGGGGAUCACCACACGCUGUAGUUUCAACAGACAGAGUGGUUAAUACUUUAAGUGAAAUACUUGCACAUGGAGCAAAUGUUAACAUGUAUAUGUUUAUAGGAGGGACCAACUUUGGCUACUGGAAUGGAGCAAACACUCCAUAUGCACCACAGCCAACAAGUUAUGACUACGAUGCUCCCCUUUCUGAAGCUGGUGACCUGACUGAUAAAUAUUUUGCUAUUCGCGAUGUUAUUAAAAAGUAUAAACAGAUUCCAGAAGGCCCUAUUCCACCCACAACGCCCAAAUUUGCCUAUGGAGAGAUUAACUUGGAAAAGGUAAACUCCGUUCUUGAGGCUUUGGAUGUUUUGGCACCUUAUGGUUCAAUAAAAAGUGCUUAUCCACUGACAUUUGAUGAAAUUAAGCAGUACUUUGGUUUUGUGCUGUACAGAACUAAAUUGCCAGAGACUUACAGUGAUCCAGCACUACUGACUACAUUCAUUAAUGGAAUCCGUGAUCGUGCCUAUGUGGCUGUUAAUGGGGUUACUCAAGGCAUACUGGAAAGAGACAAAGUGAUGUCCAUCAAUAUUACUGGAAUCAAAGGCUCCCAGCUGGAUUUGCUUGUGGAAAGUAUGGGCAGAGUUAACUUUGGGAGAUUCAAUAAUGACUUCAAAGGACUCCUUACCAAUGUUACAAUCAAAGGACGUACCCUUGCUAACUGGACAAUGUAUCCUUUAGACAUUGACACUGCAGUCAUAAAUGGACUUCUGUCCAAAACAUCAGGUCUGAGAACUUGUAACUUUACAGCACCUACUUUUUACAAAGGUCAACUUAUCAUUCCCAGUGGCAUUCCUGACUUUCCACAGGACACCUUUAUCAAGUUCACUGGGUGGGCAAAGGGACAAAUCUGGAUCAAUGGAUUCAAUCUGGGACGUUACUGGCCAGCUAGAGGACCUCAAGUUACAUUAUAUGUUCCAGUGCACAUAUUAACAACCGCUCAAGCUAACAAUAUUACUGUCUUGGAGCUAGAAGGUUCUCCGUGUGACACUGGAAAAUGCGUAGUGGAGUUUGUCGACAAGCCUAUACUCAAUAAAAAUCCUGGACGCUUUGUGGAAGAAUUUAAGUUUGACAACAGAGAAUGACUCUGCAACCUUCACUAUAUUGGAUUUAAUAACCGUUAUGAACAGGUUUUAUUACAGUAAAUAAAUGCAUAUUGAAAGAAAGACAAUGUACCACUGGAAAAUAUUGAACUAUCAAGUACAUUUGACAAAAUGCUUAUUAAUGCAUUAUGAUCAGGGUUUGUUUUAUUUAAAUCACUAGUUGGUAAGAUUUGAUUUAAAUCAUAAUUUUAUGCUGGUUAAAUAUCUUAAAUUUUUGCAGCCAGAUGAAGAUUCAAUGCUUAGAAUAAUAAUUUUUUAUAUUCGCUUAACCGUUAUCAGAACUGAUUGUUAUAUACCAUGAGAAAUACAUAAUAACAAUGAUUCAAUUAUUGCAAGCUGUACUAUAACCAGCUUAAUCACGGAUAUUUGGAGAAAAACUUAAAUUAAAGGUGCUUAUUGUGUGUAAAUAGAUUUGCAGAAUUAAGGUAUUUUCUGAACUUCACAUGUUUGUAUUUUUUUAAAAUCAUUUUUCGUGUGAAAAGGCUUAUUUAUGGACACAAGUAAAAUUGGCUUUGAUUAAUGGAAUUACUUUAUCAAAAAUAUAAAUAUUGCAUAAAGCAUUUUAAG